AGGUAUCUGCCCGCGCCAGAGGGAUGAAACUCAACCAUUUCGAGUUAGUCACAUCUAAAGGUCAUCGCGUGCGAAUGAUGAAAUACCACGAUGAUGGCAGUGUCAGAUUUGUAAUUAUAUUAAAUAUAAUAGCUGGCAUUUCGCUCCCCAAGUAUUGGAAUCAGUCAUUCAUCGCUCGAUAUCCAGCAAAAGCAUGUCCUCCAAGAAACUACUUGUCGUUUUCGGAGCAACUGGUGCUCAAGGUGGCUCUGUCGUCAGGUCAAUCCUGAGCGAUCCCAAAACUGCUGCAGAGUUCUCAGUUCGCGCCGUAACCAGAGACACGUCAAAGCCGAGCGCUCAAGCUCUUUCAAAGCUGGGGGCUGAGACUAUCAAGGCGGACUUGAAAGACAAGGCUUCUCUGCGAUCAGCGCUCAAGGGCGCAUAUGCAGUAUUUUCGGUAACAAACUAUUGGGAGGAGCAAAGUGCAGAAGCGGAAAUACAACAGGGGAAGAACGUUGCUGAUGUCGCAAAGGAACUCAAUGUUCAGCACUUCAUCUGGAGCAGUCUGUUGAAUGUGACCAAACUCUCCGGAGGGAAGCUCGAUAAAGUCUUUCACUUUGACUCCAAAGCCGAGGUCGAAGAGUACAUACGCUCUAUUGGCAUCCCAGCUACCUUCUUUUUGGCUGGAUUUUACAUGAGCAAUCUCUCCAGCGGCAUGUUCCGGCCCGACCCAGAUACGAAAGCGUACACACUCGCUUUCCCUGUACCAGCCAGUGCGCCCGUCCCCUUGCUGGAUGCGGCAGCAGAUACCGGAAAAUUUGUCAAAGGCAUUCUUCUUCAUCGAGAGAAGACGUUAGGGAAACGUAUUUUUGGAGCUACUGAGUACUACACACUCGAGCGGAUAGUUGAAGAAUUCAAGGCUGUUAAGCCAGAAGCAGGGAAAACUGCCAAAUUUGUGCAAGUUUCCCCCAGCGUUUACAAAGAAAAAAUAGCUUAUACCGGAGCGCCGGACUUUGUACAGGAAGAAAUGCUACAAAACAUGCAACUGCUGGAAGAGUUUGGAUAUUAUGGAAAUGCAAGCCUUGACGAAAGUCAUUCGAUCGUGAACGAGCCAUUGACCACUUGGAAAGAAUUUGCUGCCAAGACUCCAGAUUGGGCAGACCUCAAGUGAUGACGUUGGUAUAUCGACUUGUAAAAAGGUUCAGUAGGAAGACAUUCUGGUUUAAGGAGCCAGGGAUGGAAACAUAGGGACAACAUCGCCGGAGUCUACACAGUACUAUACAUUUAUUUACUUGCGGAUGGUGCUGUGUAUUGGAUAGUAUGUUUGUACAUAGGACAUCUCAUCAUGAAAGUAUUGAAGAUAUCUGUUUAUGCCGGA